UUCACCUCGGGAUCGCUAUUCAGAGAGCAAGGUUUGACGCGUAAAGGUCCACGAUCUGGUGCCUGAGGAUCCUUCUGUAACGCUGAAGUUUAUAUCCUACCAAAACAUCAAUAGCUUGGCCUUCGUGACCCUGCCAGUGUUACUGAAAAACGUGGUUUGGUAUAUAGUGCCUAUCGACUCGGUUUUGUAACCCAGUGUGCCUCAAACCAGUUAUACUUGAUCCAUUGCUCUCGAGUUUACUACUGCAGAAGGAAACUUUUAAGGGAGUUUAUUAAACCCCACAGAAAACCGCUGUGUUGACAGUGCCGGAGCAUAUAUACACAGUGCAUUUAAUAUAAAAGAAGAACAAUGACCGCUUUGGACCCCAUCAAGCAGCCGGGGCUGGAGGCCCAGAAGUUGAUUAGUAUCUCUUUAGGGAAAAUGGCUGCAUCCAGGGUCGGUAAGAGUGGUUCAUCCCUCCACAAGAGUCUGUUGGUGGCGUCCGUGUUACAGAGGGCACGUCACGUCUUCUUGGAAGAGAAUUAUCACAGUUAUCACCAUUACCGCGGACCUACCAUCACCCCGGUCCCCAUCUGCCCCCCGCACGUGCCUAAUAAACUGCCCACCCCCCUUACACCGUCGUGCCCCGACUCGUACUUGCAGGAUAAUGACGAGAAUAGGUGUGCAACUCCACAGCCCCAUGAGGACGAUGCAUCGAAAGAAGAAACGACCCUUGCCCCUCUCACCCCCGUCGUCGUACACAGAAUGCCCUUGGGUGAUACCUCGAACUAUCAGCAGCAGCAGCAACGUACCGUUGCCCUGAAGAGACGACGUGUCAGUGACAAGGAAACCCAAGAUGCGGUAUCAUCCAUCUUGCCCAAGCGCCUCAAGAGCUGUGCAAGCUACGACGACGAUGAGGAGGAAUCGCCCCUGCACCCAUCAUCACACCACCUCGCAGGAGAAGACCAGGCGCAGGAAUGUGCUAAUCCCUCGGAUAUGUUCGUACCCAUUUCUGUUGCCGAAAAUCACGGUUUGCUGCCAGUGUGUUCUACAGUCGAAACCUCUUGCCGUGGUGCGUCGGACUGCGUCGUCCGUAACCCAACGACAAUAACGACGACCAACAACCACCCGUUGUACUGCACUUUGGAACCCAUUAGUGAUGACGAGGAAGAUGACGACGACGUGAACAGCAUGGAGGUGGAACAUAUUACGUCAUUAGUGUCCAUAUUUAGUUUCGGUGCCCCAAGGAAAGACCUCUGUGCAACACAGGCCGCUCGCGAAGACCAUGCCCAGUUUACUCCGGUGGCUCUGACAGUUUGAUGAUAGAAGGCGCGAAGUGGAACUAGAGCGCCCACCGGUGAAACAAUUUUUUUGUUUUAUCGGUGAUAUCAAUAUUUUAUUCUUGGUCUCCGGAUCCUUCGGCCAACCUAAGGUCGAGUGGAGGAGGAAGUUCGAAGAAUCCUGUGGUCUCAAUUUCGAUGACCUGUAGCAGGUCACUUAUAAGUUUUGAAUUUACCAGUUUUUAAUUUGACGUCGUGUCACUUCUACGAAUGAUGAAAAAUCCGUGAAAUGUAUUUUUCUUUCAAAUUUUCUUCUGGUUCUGUCCAAGGGAAGGUCAUAUAUUGGUUUAGACCUUGAAUGUACCUGAUAAUGUUUCUUUAGGCUUACGACAAAGGUGUAAUAUAUAAAUAUUGUAUGUAAAUCUCGAUCUUGCAAUUGUCUGCUAUGCUGAGAAAAAAGAAAAAAAACAUAACUAAGACUUCUUUGGAAAUUAGAAAGUUAUUGGAGUAGGAUAUUUGUUUGUUUGUAGGAGAUAUUCAUGAGUGUGAAGUGCCUUAAAAUUAUUUCACGAAGGUGGCCAUGGCCACCAGAAAUGUUUAAAAUAAGUAAAGUAACUGUUCAGUGAACUACUCCCACGCAGGUCACAAUUGUAUGGACGCCAAAGAUUGCAUUACACUUCGUUUUAGAUGUUCACUCGAAGUAGCUUAAUGUCAGUGGUCGGAAAUUGGUUGUGAAGCUACGUUUCCCGGCCUUUUGUUUGUGCAUAUGGAAGGGAAAAAUUAUCUUAGGAAUUGCUAUUCUGCUAUUCACUUAGCCUAGUAUGUGAACAGGUGUUUUGUCAAAAUUGUCCGAAAUUUAUCGGAACUGAAUUGAUUAAAUGAAGAGGAAUAUGUGAAUGCUCAUGUAAAGCUGGAAAAUUAGUGUUUAGGCAUUGUAUACAUAUGCACAUCCAAUAUCUUAAUGAAAGGGGCUUCAAAUCUCUCUAUGGCUUUGUGAAAACCCCAAGAUAUUUUAGGGUGCUUUGUACCAAGUCAGUUUUAUCUUGAUAAAGUAUGGUCAUUCUUCAAGAGAUGUUCAUCGUAAAAUUGAGUAUAUUCUUAAUUUAGUGUAAAAUAACUUAAUUGCCAUUUCAUGCUUCCCACGCUCAAGAGUUAAGAAUUUGUGGCACGAGUUCAUUUUUCAUUGGACUCGUUCGGAAAUCUACUCAAUGGACGUUAUAUUGGAAUCGAAUGUCCCUUCUGAAUAUUGCAUAGGACGUUGGAUAAGGUAAUUAUGAGUGUCAAGCCCUAUUUGGAAAUCUGACAAUUAUUUCCCUGUACAUUGUCAAAGUAACUAUUUACACAUGGUUGAACUGGUAGAGAUUUUACUUUUAUUAAAAUGUUGCUUGUCCAACAAGGUGUGUUAUGCUCACUGCCACUAGAUUUAAAAAAAAAAUACAGUUUGGAAGUAUAGAACUGACUUAAUACACAGUCACGUGAAAGCGUAUGUGAUAAAUACCUGUACUCUGACGAGAUAUAUAUGUAAAUAAGAGAAUAUUAAAUUUAUUUAUGAAUGUAAUAUAAGAAUUUUAAUAUUUUGUACACAACGAAAAGACAAUAAAUUUAUGAAAUAA